CGAGAGUCUCGACGUUCUAGAACGCGCGCCGCGAGUUCCAUUCGGGGGAAAGUUCGUCUCUCGGCGUUCCAAAGCUCGGGUCGCAGGCAUGACACAGCCCAGUUUGCUGGGUGACCACAGCUUGACGGCCAGGGCUGGUGCUAGAAUUCUUUAGGAUAUAUCCAAGGCGACCUCGGGAAAACGAAAAACCAUCUAAGAGCCACUUUGGAGCUUGUUCAAGGAAAGAAGAAAUCACUGCUGCCGAUUGCAGGGCUACCAUGGCUAGUAAGAGGAAAUCAACGGUUCCGUGUAUGGUGCGAUCAACUGAGGCCAUGGACCAGGAAGGUCCCAAGGACCCAAUAGCAGGAAAGGCAGCUGGUGUUCCAGAGCGGGACUCAGGAAAUGGUUGGUCUGCCCUUAAGGAGAACUGUGAGAAUGACUGCGAAGUGAUUGAGGGGAAAUCAUCCCCGGCCAAUCCUGCAAGGAAACCUUUAGGCGGUUACGAAUGUAAGUACUGCCCCUACUCCACACAGAACUUGAAUGAAUUCACAGAGCACAUAGACAGCCAACACCCCAACGUGAUCCUCAACCCUCUCUAUGUAUGUGCAGAGUGUAACUUUACUACCAAAAAGUAUGAUUCUUUAUCCGACCAUAACACAAAACUCCACGCUGGAGAGAACAACUUUAAGCUAAAGUUAAUCAAGCUCAAUAAUCAGACUGUCUUAGAGCAGUCCAUUGAAGGAUCAAACAACCCAGUUGUUGCUGAAGUCCCUGAGUACGAGGUAGUUCCCCUUGGGGCAAGCAUGGCAAAUAAAACUAGUCCAAAUGCGAACACUGGAAAGUCUAAAGGGGAGGCCAAGAAAGCUUCCAUAGACAACCACUUGGACGGGUUCCGCAGUCUUGUUACUGAAACCAGUGAGCCUAUCGCCUGUAUUAAUAGAGCGGAGCUCCUCCAAGAUGUACUAGCUCACGUGAUGCCCUCGGUGCAACUCCCACCAAAUAUCAACCUGGUUCCCAAAGUCCCCGUACCGCUGAAUAGUACCAAAUACAAUUCUGCACUGGACACUAACACAACCAUGAUUGGUUCCUUCAACAAAUUUCCCUACCCUACACAGGCAGAGUUGUCAUGGCUGACCGCAGCAUCCAAACACCCAGAGGAGCAAAUCCGAAUUUGGUUCGCGACUCAGCGCUUGAAGCAUGGCAUCAGCUGGUCACCUGAAGAGGUGGAAGAGGCGAGGAAGAAGAUGUUCAAUGGCACCAUCCAACCCACAGCCCCUCAGACCAUUGCUGUUCUGCCAGCUCACGUCACCCCCACGAAAAUGCCGCAGCCGCUUAUCCAAACAGCUGUGCCUUGCCAGAUACUCAGUCAGACUGGCCUGGUUUUGACACAAGUGUCCAACGGAUCCAGUGUUGCGCCAAUUACACUUGCUGUCACUGCCAAUCAAGGGCAGAAACGGUGUGCGCCGAACCAGUCGGCUGCCCCAGAAGCGAAACGUCCCCAUGUCAUCCCAGCAGAAACCUCACCGAAACAGAUGACUCCUACUGCUUCGGCUCCUGCUCCCCCUUCGGCUCCUGCUCCCCCUACCGUUACACCUACAGUGCCAUCUCCUGCUAUGCCACUGGCCUCACCAAACGACCGCAAGAAGACCAAGGAACAAAUAGCAGCUCUGAAAGCAAGUUUUAUAGUCAGCCAGUUUCCCGACAACACGGAAAUAUACAGGCUUAUAGAAGUCACGGGUCUCUCCAGAAGUGAGAUCAAGAAGUGGUUCAGUGACCAUCGGUACCGAAGUCAAAGAGGAAUUGUUCACAUCACGAGUGAAUCCAUAGCCAAGGACCAGCUUGCUCUCGCGGCUGCACGGCAAGGGCAUAGUUAUGACCCCCCCAUAGACUUCAUGACCCAGAAGUUCAAAGAAAAAAGCCAAGAGCAACUGGGGAUCCUUGAAGAAAGCUUCCUGAAGAGUUCUUUUCCAACCCAGAGCGAGCUGGAAAGACUUAGGACAGAAGCCAAGAUGACUAGAAGAGAGGUGGAUUACUGGUUUGCCGAGCGGAGGAAGCUCAGAGAUAAUAUGGAACAAGCAGUCUUGGACUCAAUGGGAUCAAGCAUAAAGAGUCACAGUCAAGGAGCUUCCAACGGUGCAGUAAGUCAGACGGAGCAGAUGAAUACCUCCCAGGCACCAGCAUCUUCGUCUAGGUGUCCUCCAGCCUUUGCCACCAAUAGCCAAGAGCAGGUCCACUUACUAAAAAGCACGUUUGCAAGAACUCAGUGGCCCUCACCACAAGAGUACGAUGAGUUGGCAGCUCAGACGGGGCUCACUAGAACUGAAAUAGUGCGCUGGUUUAAGGAGAACAGGAGCUUGCUGAGAACCGGGACGUUAAAGUGGCUGGACCAAUGCCAGCAACAGUAUGGAAUUGACGGAUAUAAAGACCCCAAAGGGCCAAUUCCCAUCGUGAUUACAAAGAUCGGUAAUGAUGUUGUUCAGCAGCCUAACAAGGAAUUUCUGAAGGUGGGGAAGCUAAACAGGGAAGGAAUGGAGAGAUCGGAAUGCAGCAGUCGAAGUAGCCAGGGCAACGAUGAUACCCAGGAAGGCGGGAACACAAGUUGGGUGGAGGUGACCAUAGAAGACGACAAUCCCUCUUCAGACAGUAUGAAUAGUUUGACCCAAAUAGUGCCUGAAAUCAAAGUAGAGUAUGAUUCCGAAAGUAUAUCUGGUGAUAUCUCUCACACCUAGACAGGCAUAUCAAUUGUUCUACUGGUUAGGUCUACUCAUUAACUUGGUGACGACCUUGGGAGUCCACCAUUACUGAGCCUGGAACAAAUCUUUUGUUUUCGGAAAUACGAUAUCUGAUGAGUUUUUACUCCAGACUCAAACCAUGCUGGCAUAGUCCCAGUGAAGAGGAGACCCUCCUCUGUGGAGUAGCCACAGAUUCGAUGGUGCCAAAGUCCUGCAGUGGGCUUUUCCAAAAAGGGCCCUUGUAUAUAUGUUUCGUCCUACUUGCUUGCCUUCUGUUGUACGUGCACUGGGAAAUUAUCAUAAUAAUGUCCUAACCCACUGGGAAACAUUUUUGCUGCCUUUCCCAGCUAGUGCGUGAUAAGCUAAAUUGAUGCGGAUCAUUGCUGUCUCAAGGUCAAGUGUGGCUCAUCUGUUGUCUUAAGAACGAGUAACCACUGUUACCCGCUUUGGAAACGAUCAGGGAACCCUUCUGUCCUGCUGCAUUAGUUUCAGAGAACGGGUUUCUAACUGUAAGGAGAGUUUGCUCAAUCUCAGCAUUCUCAAAAGUUUAUCCAAUCUCAACAUUCACAAUGGAUAUCAACAAUCCAUCCUGGAGUGCCCGGGGGCCUUGUUUGACUUUCUCAACACCCGUCUAGAUGUGUUCAUCCACAUGCAUGCAAAAAAUAAAAAAAGUUGUCAUGAUGGGAAGCCAAUCUCCUGUUGCAUCCUGUAUUUCACCCUUUGCCAAAACAUCUGGACUGUGGAACUCUGGAAAUGUCAGUUGUACACCUUUACUUGUUCCAAGCACCUUGAAAAAAAACCCUACACAUAAGACAAUCUCGGAACAAAAGGAUUUUACAGCAGAGGGCCUAAGCAUCUUUAUAACAAAACUUGGUCAUAAUUCUUAGUUGGGGCAAAGUUGGGGGACAUGUCUUUUUUUUGCCAGCCUUUCAGCCUUAGAUAUGGCAGCGUGCAACAGGAAAAGUUGUUUGGACUUGCCCCCCUCAUUUUUUAGCUUGUUUCUAAAUCUUCAAGUGCACUUGCACUUUCCACCCCCCCUCCCCCUUGUUGAAAGGUGGAGAGCAAAUGGUUGUGUAUAAAAGUUAACAGGUGACCUGCUGUGGUUUUGAAAGGCAGGUCUGUGGUUCCCAAUAUACGCUGCACAAGGAUAGGGCAUUUGAAUAAAAAACUUUUCUAACAUUGCUUAGUUGUUGUAAUUCAAUAAAACAAUGGCUUGGUGGUUUCAGUAA